UUUCUCUUUAUAUGCCAUGCAAUUGACAUUAUACGCGGUGCAUUUCUCUUUAUAUGCCAUGCAAUUGACAUUAUACGCGGUGCAUUUCUCUUUAUAUGCCAUGCAAUUGACAUUAUACGCGGUGCAUUUCUCUUUAUAUGCCAUGCAAUUGACAUUAUACGCGGUGCAUUUCUCUUUAUAUGCCGUGCAAUUGACAUUAUACGCGGUGCAUUUCUCUUUAUAUGCCGUGCAAUUGACAUUAUACGCGUGCCGUGCAAUUGACAUUAUACGCGGUGCAUUUCUCUUUAUAUGCCGUGCAAUUGACAUUAUACGCGGUGCAUUCUCUUUAUAUGCCAUGCAAUUGACAUUAUACGCGGUGCAUUUCUCUUUAUAUGCCGUGCAAUUGACAUUAUACGCGGUGCAUUUCUCUUUAUAUGCCAUGCAAUUGACAUUAUACGCGGUGCAUUUCUCUUUAUAUGCCGUGCAAUUGACAUUAUACGCGGUGCAUUCUCUUUAUAUGCCAUGCAAUUGACAUUAUACGCGGUGCAUUCUCUUUAUAUGCCAUGCAAUUGACAUUAUACGCGGUGCAUUUCUCUUUAUAUGCCGUGCAAUUGACAUUAUAUGCGGUGCAUUUUAUACAGUUCAUAUUCAUUUAGAUGCCUUGCAAACCUAAAUGUUGUUCGAUCGCGAAAUUCAGAAGCUCAUUGUAC